GCCCGGACGUGUGGCUGAAAAUAUUGGUUAACGCGAGAGUGCCUGCUCUGAAAUACCCAUCUUCACACAUUUUCCCCCCAGCACACCUCUCCGUUUACUGUCAAUGUCAGCAAUUCGAUGGAAGAAAAGCGUACCAAGACGCAACCUGGACGCUUUGUCGACUUUUGUCCAGUCACAGAGGACCUUGCUUGCACAGACAUUGGCCGACAUAGACAGACUCAAGGAGCUCAGACAUGAGAUUGCUUCACAACCUGCUAAUAUGGGCAUGGUCCCACACUUCGUUGACCAGAUCAACGCUUCAGCAUCGAAGUUGAGCGACAAUAUCGACGACAUAGUUCCUUUGCUGCCGGACGACUUCGAUUGGUCAAUUUUCGCCUCGCAAGACCCGGCGCCCUUCAAGGCACUCGCUUCAUGUGCUCGACAAGCGUAUGAUCAACGCAAUAUACCCAAAGAAAUGCCUCUUGCCUCGCCUACACCCCUACAACGAUACGUGCGGGAACAGAAACGCCUAAUCAUCGACCCUGUCAUUGCCUCGCUCCCCGUGCUAUCCUCAGACUCGGAGGAUGAACCCCCAGAUCCAGAAGAAAUCAAGAAACUACAGGAGCGCGAGAAAAUACGCGACCUGAAGAAACGUAGAAUCGAUGGCGGCUCUGGGUUUGGCGGUCUUGGGCUUCGCAAACCCUCAGCCGGUGUUUUCAUUCGCAUGGACCAAGUGGACGAAAGCGGUGAAGUUGAUAUUUCGGGAGGCGACAACCUUGCCGUUGGUCGGCAGAAUGUCAAGACGUCUCCUGAAGUUGUGUCUAGUUCGGAACCUUCUUCAAUGAUGGAUGGGGAUACACCACCGACAUCUAUACCUUCGCCUUCUCUCGGCUACAAGUCGUGGCCUCUACCAGAAUCUUCAACGGCAAAAUCAAGCAGACAACGUCGUCCAAGCAGGAAAGCUGCAGCUACCGCAGCCACUUCAAGAGUCCAGUCCAGUCGAGGAAAGGCUAAACAGGUCGUUACUGAAGAAGCGGAAGAUAUACUCACUAACGCUGAGGAGCCCGACACGAAACCAUCCAGUGAACUUCUUCUGGACAAGAAGGGCAAACCGCGCCCUGAGACGUACAAGCAGGCAUGGUCAGUCUCGGAGCAACAUCUGCUUGAGCGAUUGUUGGAGGAGAUCCCAGAUGGAGAGAAGAAUAGGUGGGCGAAAAUCUCGAGGGCCAUGAAUGGGAGACGGACGGCGAGACAAGUCGCAAGUCGAGUUCAAAAGUAUUACGAGAAACUCAAACGCUUUGGCGUCGAAUUAGGAUCAUCAUGAUUUGAAUUGCUCCCUUUGACCUUUGAAAUUUGAACUUCGAUGUCCCUACGAAAUUCGGUACUGUGAAGAAUACGAAAAUAGGUCUCACACCAAGCACGAUGGUCUACACGCUAUGGUCUAUUGGUGUAAGAUGCGAGAUGAAUACAAAUGAGGUUGCCAUGGUAUGUAGUGUAGAUGGUGUUAUUACAAAACAAUAUGCGAAACAAAUAAUUAUAGAAUCCACCCGUCCUCAAUCGAAAAGCCUCAAACGAGUCGCUAGAAAUCACCGAGGUCGAUAUCUACAGACUCCAAUACCGAGGCUUCGAAGCUACUCUUCAGCCCAGAUGAGGGUUUUGAUGGGGUGGUGGUGGAAAUGGUCGUAGCAGCUGCUGGUAGAGGUGAUACGGACCGAGCAAUAUCGGUGGGACCAGGCGUUGCGAUCCCCGGUGUUCCUGGUCUGCAAGAGCGUGGGGAGAAUAGAGCAAAUCAAAAGCAAGGUCAACAGACCGAUCUGACAGCAAGACGAGCACCAAGAUAACAAAGCGAGCAAGAUACGAACCUGGAACUCAAGAACUUGGACGUCGACUUCAGUCUUCCUGAGGGGUCAUUCGGAGUAGUAGGCGUCGCAGAACCAUUAGCCAAAGCCAAUUUCCGUUCCCUUCGUUUACGCUCUGUUUCCCUCAGUUCCGCUUUGCGAAUUGCUUCAGCGUUAGCGCGACGAUUCCGUUCAUUGACUUUGGCAAGGAUAUCCUCUACUGAUUCUUCUUGCUUUCUUGAUGGCUUGGAAUCCGCUUGCUGCUCACUGAGUUCAACCAGUUUGGCGUCUAUCUGUUGCACUUCUUCCUGAUC